AUGUCGACACUGUCUGGUCAGCAAGGGGCCGGCUCUAAAGAGAAUCCGCCUGGUAAAAGCUCGACAGAAUCAAGUACUGGCAAUGUCCACGACCGGUACCUAGGCGGGUCGAGCAGCGAUGGUGGACAUUCGGGACCGCCGAGUCACGAUGAUGUAACAGAUGGAUCAGCCUGGGACUGGAAUACGAGCCCCUUCAAUAAUGGUCCGCCGCGGGAGGAUGAACCCGCUAACACCAUAUCUCGUGAGCAGGAUUCCCAUGCCGAGAAAUCAUCACGCGAAACAACAAAAACCUCCGACCCUCUAAAAGGACUCGAUUCCUCGGAUGAAGGUGGAGGCACAAGGGGUACCACAGCAGGCGAGUUUGCGGGAGAAGGCCCAAGUGCAACCAGCGGAACACAGCGGUCACUGGCCGAGGGAGCAAGUCAUGGAUGA